CCUGAAUCCCACGGCCCCCUCCGCUCCACCUCCCCAAAGGCGGCUCUGGGCCUGGCCUGGCCCUUCCUUCCUCUGUUUCUCGGCCUUCCCUCCCCCUCCCCUGCAAGCCCUUUCCCCUUGCUCUCUGCUGACCCAGCAGCCUGCAGCAGCGGGGCGUGGUGGGAUUAAUCAGUGACAGGAAGCCACCUCUGGCAGAGCGGGAGUGGACAGAGUGGUCAGGACUGGCCCAAGAGUCGUCUGCCUGCAGCUGCUCACCCCCUACUCCUGUCAUGGGCCACUUCGGGGCCCUCCUCUUCCUGCUGGGGGCACUGGGGGCCCUCGCAGAGGUCUGUGAAAUACCAGAGGUGGACAGAAAGCUGGUGGAGAGACUGGGCCAGCGUGUCUUGCCCUGGGUGGACCUGCAGUCUUCGGAGCACCUGAACCCCAGUCUCUACGUGGGCCUGCGCCUUUCCAGCCUCCAAGCUGGGUUCCAGGAGGAAGCCUACCUGCACAGCCUCAAGCUGCAUUACCAGCAGAGCCUCCUGGGGUGUGCCCUGGAUGAUGAGGGCAGCAACUGCCAGGCCAAGCCCUCCAUGGGCCACCUGGCUCUCUACCUGCUCGCUCUCAGGGCCAACUGCGAGUUUGUUGGGGGCCGCAAGGGCGACAGACUGGUCUCACAGUUGAAGCGGUACCUGGAAGAUGAGAAGCAGACCAUUGGGCACAGUCACAAAGGCCACCCCCACACCAGCUACUACCAGUACGGCCUGGGCAUCCUGGCCCUGUGCGUGCACCGGAAGCAGGUCCACGACAGCGUGGUGGGCAAACUCCUGUACGCUGUGGAGCAUGACCACCCUGUGCACCAGGGUCACCUCUCUGUGGAUUCAGCCGCCAUGGCGGGCUUGGCCUUCACUUGCCUGGAGCGCGCCGAUCUCAACCCUAACCUGAGUACCCGGAUGGCCUUGGCUGUCAAGACAGCACGAGAGAAGAUCCUGAAGACCCAGACCCCAGAGGGCUACUUUGGGAAUGUCUACAGCACCCCGCUAGCUCUGCAGUUGUUGAUGACCUCCCCGAUGCCUGGGGUUGAGUUGGGCGCAGCGUGCCUUAAGGCUAGGGCUGCUCUGGUAGCCAGCAUUCAAGACGGAAACUUCGAGAACGUUCUCAUGAUUUCUCAGUUGCUGCCUGUCCUGAACAGCAGGAACUAUGUGGAUCUCCUCUCCCCAGACUGCUGGGCACCAAGAGCCACACUGGAACCCGCCACAGAGACCCCUGCAGAGGGCCGUGUGCUCGGGGACAUCCGGGUCAUGCUGAGGGUUCGCAGCGUCGUGCCACCGUACAGCCACUUCAUCCAUGUCCCUGCUGGGGCCUCCUUGGAAGAUGUUCUGAGGAAGGCACAGGAGCUUGGAGGAUUCACGUACAGAACCCAGGCCACCUUAUCCGGCCCCUACCUGACGUCAGUGAUGGGAAAGGAAGUUGGGGAGCAUGAGUUCUGGCAGCUCCUUCGAGACCCUGACACGCCCCUGUUGCAAGGUAUUGCUGAAUACAGACCUGAGGAUGGAGAAACCAUCGAGCUGCGAUUGGUCAGCUGGUAGCUGUAGACUCUGGGCUUCCACCUGACCCUGCCCACCACAUGCUAGAAACCAAUGACCCCUGGUAACCCCUGUCUGCAUCCCCAGGAAGGUUCUAAGUCACUACUCAGCCGGGCGGGUGGUGCCAAGCAGAGUCCCCCAAGUGGCCCCUGAAGGUCACCCGCUGUCUGGAAGUCCCGAAAUGUCAGAGACUGCUCAGCAUAGGAGGGUCCCUUGGGCCGCUGGUGCAGUGGGACCCACCCCCUCCUCUCCGACUUGCUGCAGCACUGCUGGCAGGGAAUCAGAGGUCAGCUCCUGAACAAUCUAUUAAAGCCUUGACCGUG